AUGGACCCCAACAGCCAGCCCAACCUGCGCAUCACCAUUAUUGCCGCCGAUGGUCUCUACAAGCGCGAUGUGUUCCGCUUCCCGGACCCCUUCGCCGUCGCCACGGUCAACGGCGAGCAGACCAAGACGACGAGCGUGAUCAAGAAGACGCUGAACCCCUACUGGAAUGAGAGCUUCGACAUGCGGGCAAAUGAAGAAAGUGUGCUCGCGGUUCAGAUAUUUGACCAGAAGAAGUUCAAGAAGAAGGACCAGGGCUUCCUGGGAGUCAUCAACGUCCGUAUAGGCUCUGUCAUAGACCUUGACGCGGGUGGUGACGAAAUGCUCACGCGCGACCUGAAAAAGUCCAACGACAACAUGGUCGUCCACGGCAAGCUCAUCCUCAACCUCUCCACAAACCUCACCGCACCCAUCAGCCAAGGAGCGAACAACGCCACCCGUCCCCCCGCUUCUACACACCCCUCCACAAACGGUCCCGUCACUGCCGGUCCUUCUACACCACACCAGUCUACGCAGAACCUGCACCCGAACGUGUUUCCAGGCCAGCAACGAACGUCAACUACCGCACCGCCAGAUGCCCACCGUCUUAGCCAAGCGCCCUCUAUUGCUCCGCCAAGCGGCGCUCCUCUGGGACCACCUCCGAGUGGGGCGCGAACGGCUGUUGCUGCAGGCACUGAAGGAUCCUACAGUGCCUUUGAAGAUGCGCAAGGACGACUGCCCAACGGGUGGGAACGUCGUGAGGAUCAUUUGGGUCGAACAUACUACGUGGAUCACAACACUAGGCAGACUACUUGGAUCAGGCCUGGCGCAGGAUUCAAUGCCGCAGAUCAGCGAACAGCCUUGGCCGCCCAGACCCAGCAGGAGCGCACGCGACACCAGAACCGCAUGUUGCCAGAAGAUCGCACUGGCGCGAGCUCACCAACUCUCGCCGAGCAACAGCCUUCGCCACCGCCAGGUGCCUCUGCGAGCGCUGCGAGCAUGAUGGCCACGGGAGCGACCACUGCAGGGACCGGGGAACUCCCGUCUGGUUGGGAGCAACGACACACUCCAGAAGGAAGACCAUACUUUGUCGACCACAAUACGCGAACAACCACAUGGGUCGAUCCCCGCCGACAGCAGUACAUACGCAUGUAUGGUGGUCAGGCCGCCAACGGCAGCACUAUCCAACAGCAGCCUGUGUCACAGCUUGGGCCUCUACCAUCUGGAUGGGAAAUGCGCCUCACGAACACGGCCAGAGUGUACUUUGUCGACCACAAUACAAAGACUACCACCUGGGACGAUCCACGAUUGCCAUCGUCACUCGAUCAGAACGUGCCGCAGUACAAGCGUGACUUCCGUCGCAAGCUGAUCUACUUCCGAUCGCAGCCGGCACUUCGCAUCGUAUCUGGGCAAUGCCACGUCAAGGUCAGACGAACGCAUAUUUUCGAAGAUUCGUAUCACGAGAUUAUGCGGCAAAGUGCUGCUGAUUUGAAGAAGCGACUGAUGAUCAAAUUCGACGGUGAAGACGGGUUGGAUUACGGAGGUCUUUCUCGAGAGUUUUUCUUCUUGCUUUCUCAUGAGAUGUUCAACCCCUUCUACUGUCUAUUCGAGUAUUCCGCACAUGACAACUACACCUUACAGAUCAACCCUCACUCCGGCAUUAACCCCGAGCACUUGAACUACUUCAAGUUCAUCGGGCGAGUUGUCGGGUUGUCGAUUUUCCAUCGCCGAUUCUUGGAUGCAUUUUUCAUUGGAGCGUUUUACAAGAUGAUCCUUAGGAAGAAGGUUGCGCUACAAGACAUGGAGGGUGUAGAUGCUGACUUCCACCGCAACUUGGAAUGGAUGCUGAACAACGAUAUCACAGACGCGCUGGAACUCACGUUCGCAACGGAUGACGAAAGGUUUGGCGAGACUGUUAGCAUCGAACUGAAGCCAGGAGGCGACAACAUCGACGUCACCAACGACAACAAGGGCGAAUACGUCGAACUCAUCACCGAAUGGCGUAUUCAGAAACGAGUCGAGGAGCAGUUCCAGGCUUUCAUCACUGGCUUCCAUGAGCUCAUCCCUGCUGAUCUAGUCAACGUUUUCGACGAGCGUGAACUCGAACUUCUCAUCGGCGGUAUCGCAGAUAUCGACGUCGACGAUUGGAAGAAGCAUACUGACUACCGUGGUUACACCGAGAAGGACGAGGUCAUCCAGAACUUCUGGAAGUGCAUUGGUAGCUGGGACGCCGAGCAGAAGUCGCGUCUGCUGCAAUUCGCCACAGGUACUUCACGUAUCCCUGUCAACGGGUUCAAGGAUCUACAGGGUAGUGAUGGGCCGAGAAGGUUCACGAUUGAGAAGGCGGGUGAACCUAAUCAGCUUCCAAAGUCGCACACAUGUUUCAAUCGUCUUGAUCUGCCUCCAUACAAGACCAACGAGGCACUGAAUCAGAAACUCACAAUCGCUGUUGAGGAGACUGUUGGGUUUGGGCAGGAGUAA